GAAGAAGAGGAAACAACCGUCUGUUUUCUGAGAACACAACGCACUAUGAAUCAGAGGAAAGCGUUCAGAGUAUGGAGGCAUGAGCUGUAUAAAAAGGGAGGACGGAGCAGGUUUCUAACACAGAUCAAACCUGGAAGAUUAAAGGCUUUUCAUCCAAACAGAAGCUCCUCUGUCUCUGAACCAUGAAGACUGCGGUGACUCUCGUACUUCUGAUCUGCUUCCUGCAUGACAGCUGCACCGGUCCGGUGGCACAAUCAGCAGUAAACUCUAAAUGCUGUCCAGGCCACACACGGAAACAUAUUCCUCAGGCACAUGUGAGACACGUUGGGAUGACUGGGAGCAACUGUGCAUCCAGAGCAAUUGUAUUCACAACCGUGUGUAACCUGGCUCAUUGUAUUGAUCCAGAUUGGGACUGGGCCAAGAAUCAGUUGAAGAAAUUCAACGAGUCAUCGGGUCCGCCUUUCAAUACCAAACGGUGUGCUAGAAACUGAGGUUUUAAAAAUGUGAGAAAGCUGUUCCUUUAAAUACAUGUUCUCUACGUACACGCCUGUCACCGACCUUCAACUGAUUAAUUAAUCAUGAUUAUACAGAAGAUUACCUGCAGAUUAAAACUGCUGCCUUUAACUGACAUCGUUGGAAAGUUUAAUGUUAAAUUUAGUUUAAAACACAUCUUAAUAAUGUCUUCUUAUAUAUCAAACACAGCAGCCAGAGUGUCCUCUGAGUGGUACCACUGCACAUGAAUGAAAUCUGUAUGCAUGUAUGUCUGAUACUUGUGUCCUAGUUAUUGGAGAAUAUUUAAAAUGUAUUUUUUUAUUAUUGUUACAAAAGGUCCAGCCGCUUUCUGAAUAAAAGCUUUAUUUUUGUA